GCAGACGCGGGUGACGGUACACUCCUCCAAACCGGCUGUCGCCCUAGAGUAGGGCAUUAAGUGGAUCCGCUGCUACGGAGGGAGAAAUGUCAGCAACGAUGUAUAUUCUGUCCACUCUGGGAGGUUAUGUGCUGUCCUCGGCUUUGCUCUUCAAGUGCCCAGGGUUGCUGCACAAAAAGAAGAAACAGAGCUUCAGGAGCCGGCAUAUCUCACACCGCGGAGGUGCAGGAGAGAACCUGGAAAACACAAUGGCGGCCUUCAGGCAUGCUGUGCAGUUGGGAACAGAGAUGCUGGAGCUUGAUUGUCACAUGACCAAAGAUGGCCAAGUGGUUGUGUCACACGAUGACAAUUUGAAAAGAACCACAGGGAUGGAUGUGGACAUAGCUGACCUCACAUUCUCAGAGCUCCCACCUUACCAUUGCAGGCUGCAUGUCUCUUUCAAGAAAGAUUGCUUCUGUGUGGGAGGAGAGGACAGAAAGAUCCCUCUCCUGCGGGAAGUACUUGAAGCCUUUCCAAAGAUUCCCAUCAACAUUGACAUCAAGGUCAACAAUAAUGCCCUCAUUGAAAAGGUAUCAGAUUUGGUGAAGGAGUUUAAUCGACAGGACAUCACUGUCUGGGGCAACACCAGUGACAAUAUUGUUAAGAAAUGUUACAAGACGAAUCCGAACAUUCCAAUCUUGUUCAGUCUGCAGCGAGUGCUUCUUAUACUGGGAUUGUUUUACACGGGGCUCCUGCCUUUCUUUCCAAUUCGGGAGCAGUUCCUGGAGAUACCGAUGCCCUCCAUUAUGCUGAAGUUAAAAGACUCAAAGAAGAUCUCAAGGAUUUACCGGUUUAUGAUUUGGCUCGCUGACAUUUUGCUAAUGAGGACAUCGCUGUUUGAGCAUCUGAAAGCACGAGGCAUUCAGAUUUACAUAUGGGUCUUAAAUGAUGAACAAGACUUCAAGAGGGCCUUUGAUUUGGGAGCGACUGGUGUCAUGACAGACUAUCCAUCCCAGUUGAAGAAGUUUCUGGAACAAUAUCCUUCCAGAGAUCAGUAGGAAUGGAGAUGGGAAGGGCAUGGGCGAAGGUGGGUGACAGAGGGGAAAGAGGCCAAAGAAAACCCUUCAGCUUAUGAUACCAGCUUUGGCCUGUCAAUUCAGUAUUUUUGUAAAAUAGCACCCAUCACGUUCACUGCAGCAAGAGCAGAGCAGUUCCCAAUCAUUUAGACUUGUUCAUUGUCGGUUAACACUAAUUUAUGUUGCAGAAAAUGUUCAUCUUUUAACGUUAAUAAUUUUGUUUGAAGUGUCUACAAGAAUUGAGUCUAGUUAUUUGAGGGCAACACUCUCCUCCUUGGUCAGGAAUAUGACACGUUUAUCUUUUGUUACUGACUCAUGCAAGUUUGUAUAUAAAGCAACCUAAUGGAUUUAUAUUACUAUGAUAUAGUUGAAACCAUUGAAUCACAGAAUCUUACUGCACAGGAGACCAUUCAGCCCAUACUGGUACUGGCUCACUGCGUGAGAUAUCCAUUUAGUCCCAAAGCCCAAACUUUUGAUUAUUAAUCCUGUUAAGUUUUGAAAGUGUUGAUUGGAAUCUACUCCCACCGCGCAUUAAGCAUUUGAAUACCGCAUUAUGGAAAUGUUUAGGCUAGUGACCUGUGGAAAGUCAAUUUUUGUCUAUGUGCUUAGAGUGUUUGCUCACUGUUGGCCUAAUAGAGGUUUAGGUGGAGAGGGUUGUGAUAUAUCAACAAAGAAUCCGUACCUGGAAUAUGGCAUGGCGGUGUGCUGAAUGUGGUUGAUGUUUUGCAUUCUUCUCUCAUCAGGAUAAGUGCAAAAAUGCCAAAAUUCAGUUAGUCACGGCUAAUUAUACCAAAAAGAGAAAAAGGGUGCGGAUUUCUUGAAAGUCAAUUCCGGCUGAGGCACCAUCAUGGAGGAAGAAAAACAUGGGGAACUUUCGGCUUUGCAAAAAUAAAGGCUCAAGAUUAAUUUUGUUUGUGAAUAAUGCAGAGACUGUUGGGAUGAAUGUUGGCUGCUUCUGACAAGAAUAAAUGAGUCAUUUUCUAAUUGUCCAAGAGCUUGGGGAGCCUGUAGUUCCCUGUUGCUUCUGCCACAGCAAUGCCUCAGUUGAUCAGAGUCCGCCUUUCCAACCAAUUGGUAUCCCAUUUCUUUGUAACAUAAGCAGUUUUGCUUGUUAGAAAUUUGACAUUCUUGCAUUUGUCCUGAAGACUGCAAGGCAAAAAAGAACGUCACCAUGUUCCUUUCUUCAGCAGUAUGAGGUGUUAACUGUCUCUCUCUUCAGACAGCAGAGACCUGUGACACCAUCGUUUUCCAUUUUUAUUUUCUUAAAUACAAGAAUCAGUAAGGGGAAGUGAUUUUUGUUAGUAUUGCAGGAUUGAAAGAGGAAGCAGAUGGGGAUUUCCUACUUUGUAUGUGGUUCAGUUUGAAGCUUCAAAAUCAGGCCUUAACUACUUCUGACUCUGCUUUUGAGCAUUGUGAUUUUGGGGAGGGGGUAGGUGAGGUGGGAGAAGUAAAUGCUUAUAGUUUUGAGAAGUUGAUUAAGAACAGCACCUCCCUCCUCACAAACUGGGGAGGGUAGAUGAAUAAAAUCUUGCCAGGCUUCAGUGAGUAAGGAGACGUGCUCCCAUUGAAUUAACUCCGAGAGGUCCAAGUCUUAAUCACAAGGUAAUUAAUUAUAUUCUUUUAUGGUUUAUGAAUCUCUCCUUAUUCGUUUGCAGCAACAAUUUGCUUUUACAUAGCACCUUUUAAUGUUGUAACAUGUCCCAAGGCUCUUCACAGAUGCAUAACAAAGUGGAAGGCAGAGUCACAUUAGAAGAUAAGUGGACAACAAAUUGCUCAAAGGAAGGAUUGUUUGAUUUAAAGAAUGGCUUGGAGGAAAGGAAGAGAGACAGAUGAGUUUAAGGAGGCAAUUCCAAAGUUUAGGAUCCAGAUGACGGCAUGCACUGUUGCCAGAGACAAAUAGGAAAUGUGCAAGAGGCCAGAAUUGGAGGAGCAUAGAGGUCUCAGAGGAUCAUAAGGUAGCAUGAGAUUAAACUGAUAAGGAGAAGUGAGGGAUAUGAAAGUAAGGACAACACCUUUAAAAUCAAAACAUUGCUCGGCUGGGAGCCAGGAUAGGUCAGCAAAUUCAGUGUGUGGGGAUUGAGCAGGAUUUGUUUGAAUAUACAAUACAUAGUCAGAGAGUCAUACAGCACAUAGAAACCAACCCUUUGAUCCAACCAGUCCAUGCUGAUCAUAAUCCCAAACUAAACUAGUCCUACCUGUCUGUGCUUGGACCAUGUCCCUCCAAACCUUUCCUAUUCAUGAAUGUAUCCAAAUGUCUUUUUAGACGUUGUAACUGUACCUGCAUCCACCACUUUCUCUGACAAUUCAUUCCACACACAAUGAACUGUUUUAAAAAAAGUUGUCCCAUGUGUCGUCCUCUCACUUUAAAAGUAUGCCCCCUAAUUUUGAACUUCCCCCACCCAAGGGAAAAAGAUACUUGCUAAUCACCUUAUCCAUUGAUUUUAUUAAAUCUCUAAGGUCAUCCCUCACCCUCCUACACUCAAUACUUACAUUUAUCCAAAUUGAAAUCCAUUUGCUAUGCCUCCACCCUUUGAUCCAAUUGAUCAUGAUCUCUUUGUAAUCUUAGAUAACCUUCACUGUGCACCACACCAAUUUUGGUGUCAUCUGCAAACUUAUUAACUAUGCCCCCUAUGACCAGGAGAGCACACUCCAUUUGAAUGCCUUUUGAUUGAUAUCCUGUCUGUUGCUGUUUUCAAAUGUGGACUCUGACUGGGAUAGAGUUUACUGGGACAGGGUAUCCAGCAAUGACCUUAAUCCAAGUGAUUCCCUUCAGCUAUUUUUCCAUUGUAUUGAAGCCCAGUUCACUUUGUUUAUCUCUCCACAGAUAGUAUCAGAGCUGCUGAGUUUCUCCAGAGCUUUGUUUUAGUUUAAGAUUUCCAGCAUCUGUAGUUCUCUGGUUUACCUUAAAAACUGACAGGCUUGCUCAGCUAUUUUAUGACAGUUAAGAGUUUGGAGUCACAUGUAGGCCACGUGGCUUAUUACCAGCAUUCAUUGUCAUGAUCACUGUUCAAUUUGCCUUCUAUUCCAGAAUCAUGAAUUGUACUAAAGUUCCAUCAGCUGCCCUGAUGGGAUUUGGACCCAUGUCUCCUCAGCAUGAGCAUGGGGCCUCCUGAAAUAGUACCAUUCUGUCCCAUGUAUCAAAAUUUCAUUGAACUGAUGAGAACACUUUUAAUUCACGUAAUGCAGAUGAGAGACCUCUACUCCAAACCUUUCCAAGGCACAGUAUCUGAGUUCAGAUGGCAGUGAUAGACUGUACUUUCCUGAUGCAUUAGAACAGGCACCUCUUCAAUUUAAGUGGGGUGUUGGGAUGAAUGUUUUUCCUUUUUGUUACAAUAAUUUUUUAAAAAUUUAAAAUAUUGAAUUAACAUUUGCUGGUCAUCAAAUGUUUGGGUUUUAUUUUUACUUAUUUGUUAAAUGUCUUACUUGCUGCUGAAAUGGAUUCAUGGACAAAAUGGGAUUUUCCACUGUAAUAAUUCAACAUGGAUGUAUUUUGUGUUGGUCUAAACGCUGUGCGUAAGUUAACAAUCAUUAAUGUAAUUAAAAUGUUGUGAUUUA